GGCCCGCCCAACCUUGACUGCAGUGUCCAGAGUGCUGGAGUGUAGGUAAAGAAGAGCAAAGAGCAGUUCAACAUGAGGGAUCCACUGGCCGAUUGUCCGUAUAAUAAAGUAUACAAGAGCCUAAAGGAGUUUGCUCAAAAUGGGGAGAGUUUCUGCAAGCAGAUCACGUCCGUACUUCAGCAAAGGGCCAACCUAGAGAUAAGCUAUGCCAAAGGACUUCAUAAGCUGGCAAGCAAGCUGAGCAAAGCACUCCAGGGCACGAAGAAAAACUGCCUCAGCAGUGCCUGGGCCUGGGCCUCAGAGGGCAUGAAAUCUGCAGCAGACCUGCAUCAGAAACUUGGCAAGACAAUUGAGUUGGAAGCAAUAAAACCAACACAACAAGUCCUCAGUAUUCAAGAAAAGAAGAGGAAAUCGCUUGAUAAUGAAGUCGAAAAGACAGCAAAUCUUGUCAUUAGCAACUGGAAUCAGCAAAUUAAGGCUAAGAAAAAAUUAAUGGUGAGUACCAAGAAGCAUGAAGCACUUUCCCAUCUUUUAGAAAGCUCCAAACAAUCCAUGACCCAGAAGGAGAAGCAGAAGCUCCUCAAUAAACUGAAAAAAUCGACUGAGAAAUUGGAAAAAGAAGAUGAAAAUUACUACCUAAAAAACAUGGCAGGCUACUCUACCAGACUAAAGUGGGAAAACACACUAGCAAACUGCUACAAGAGCAUCCUGGAGCUGGAGAAGGAAAGAAUCCAACUUUUAUGCAACAACUUAAACCAGUACAGUCAACACAUUUCUCUUUUUGGCCAAACCCUGACCACAUGCCACACACAGAUUCACUGUGCCAUCAGCAAGGUUGAUGUUGAAAAAGAUAUCCAGGCUCUAAUGGAAGAAACUGCAAUUUCAUCUACCGAGAACAAAACAGAAUUCCUACUAACUGACUACUUUGAAGAGGAUCCUAAGAAUGCAAUGGAUAAAGAGAGGCGAAAAUCUUUAAUAAAACCAAAAUUACUGAGACUGCAACGAGACAUUGAAAAAGCCUCAAGAGACAAAGAAGGCCUGGAACAAAUGCUUAGUGCAUUCUCCAGUAACUCCUCCUUCUCUGAUGCCAAGAGCCAGAAAGAUGCAGCGACAUUAAUGGAUGAGAACAAUUUGAAACUAGACCUUUUGCAAGCGAACUCUUAUAAACUGUCAUCGGUAUUAGCAGAACUUGAGCAAAGACCUAAACCCAGCCAUCCCUGUAGCAGCUCCAUCUUCAAGUGGAAAGAAAAGGAGCAUACUCAUACAUAUGUAAAAAUAUCUCGGCCCUUUUUGAUGAAGAGAUUAGAGAAUGCUGCAAGUGGGGCACCUUUUGGUGGGCAGAACAACCCAAAGACUUCAUCUUCAGCCUCUGGUGUGGCCCAUCUCGGCACCAAUCUUUGCAAAGCCUUAUAUUCUUUCCAAGCCAGGCAAGAUGAUGAGCUGAAUUUGGAAAAAGGAGACAUUGUGACUAUUCAUGAGAAGAAAGAAGAAGGAUGGUGGUUUGGAUCUUUAAAUGGAAAGAAAGGCCAUUUUCCUGCGGCUUAUGUGGAGGAGCUCCCUUCAGAUGCCAGGAACAGAGCCACAUAGGCACAAACCAAGACGAAGACUCUAUGUAAACAAUGUGGUGCAAAUAAAGAUAAGAUGCUAUCAUCUUGGCAAGUUUUCC